AAAAUCAGCGCACAGAGUGAAUAUAAGUCUUUGGUGACCGCCUUCAUCUUUUCAAAGAACAACCAUCACUUGAUGAACGAACAGAUCAUGGCAAAGCUUUUCGUUUUGUUGGCUCUGGCAGUUGCCAGUGCUGUUGGAACAACUCCACAGGAAUUUAUCGGUCAAAUCAGAGCCGCUCAUGAGUCGUCUGCCCAUGGAAACCAAUUUUUGUUGUGUUCGGAAAUGCCAGCCGUUAGAACGUUGGAAGUCAAUUUUUUCAGUGUGACUAAUCCGGCUCAGUUUUUGAGUGGAGCUAAGCCGAAUCUUCAAGAAAUGCAGACUGUGAUUUUUAACGAAAUUCGUCAAAGAGUCAAUUGUUCUGCUAAUGUUGCUGAUAUGUCCAUCAACUUCGGUCAGAAUCGCUACUGGUCACACAAAAGUGGUGAUUUAACUCAACGUGUUAACGCUGCCAAUAUUCCGUUCCAACGCGUCGGUCAUGCUCUGUGUAAUGAUGCUGUUGGUGGAGUCUGCUCUUCCGCGUCACAAUUGUACCAACAGGGUGAAGGUUAUAUCAAAGAAGGUGCUACCAUCAAUGAACUUUUGAUUAAUGGCGUUGACACGACGAAUUACAAGAACGUGAUCACUGCUAACCCGCAGAUCAAAGGUGAUCUACCGGAAUUGGAAAGAGACAGCUUUGCCAUACUUUCUCAGCUGCACUAUCCCAAACGACUAACACUCAACUCAGACUCGGACAGUUAUGGCAAGAUCAUGUUGAUGGAUGAUCAAAGUGAAAUGUUGUGGUGGAAGACCGAAUCAUCCCUUCCAAUUUGUUCUCAAUUCCCUGGCACCAAUGGCGAAUAUUACGACAAAGUCACCGAACAAUCGGUUCUUCACUACUAUUCGGACGAUCUUUGUGCAGCUGCAGUUUUGAAAUUUGACUCGAUUGACAACAGCCACGGCUUCCCAGCACUUAAGUUUGUCGCAUAUCCAGAAUCAAUUGGAGGCAGUUGCUAUGCUACAUCGGUCAAUCUUCCAUUCGGUGCUGUUGACGUCAAGGGAUGCCAACGUGGAUUGCCGUUUGUCAUGUCAAAUCCCCAUUUCCACGAUUCCGAUGCCAGUUACCGUGCGGCUCUGGAAGGUAUGAGUGCGGAUGCAACAAAAUACCAGACCUACUUCAUUAUUGAGCCGGUCACUGGAAUGUUGGUCGAGUACAGCCAGAAGUAUCAGCUUAACGUCAAUUUACAGAAAUUCAAGCAGAAUGAUAAUCUGAAUGCUGGGGCAAUGCCUGACACUAUUUUGCCUGUUUAUUGGUUCGACAAGAAAUACAUGCUAGAUGAUACCCACAUCGACGCACUAAAGAGUAUGCUUACAGGAUCGGGAACAACAACAACAACAACUACUACUACUAUUACACCAAUAGGCGAUGGCGAACAAGUAUCCAGUGAACAGUUACGAACCGUUGAAGAGAAACUAAGCUCCAUUUCCUACCAACUUACCGUGGUCUCUGCGGCUGUAUUCACUUUCAUUGUUCUUACCGUCGUCAUUUUAUCUGGCUUCAGUUUGAUUCAGUUCCGACACAACAAAAAGUUAAUCCGUCGUGGUGACGGAUUGCCGCAAUACGUUGAAAAUCCAUACCCAACUAAAUAAUGAUUUGUGAUCAGCCAAAACUACCCAGCACGGAUAAUUUUAUUAUUACUGCUGAUCACUCAUCAAUUGAUUCAACAAAAAUUUCUGAUUAGAGAAUUGAUCGAAAUUAAUCAAUUUACAUUUGCACCAACCGCUGUUCGUGUAAUUUUGUCGAUUGUGAGAUGCAAUACAAAAUGAGUGAAAAUUCGAUGGGGGAAAAAUGUGCGCCCGCGACACAUUAUCCAAUCAUCAACUUUUUUCAAAAAAAAAAAUCAUUUUAUCAAUUCAUUUACUUGCCUAGUGUUGUAAAAGCAAUACAAAUAAAAUCCAUGCAAAUGAU